GGCGGGCGGCCAGCCGGGACGACAGAUGGGGGGGCGGCCCUGACCUUCCCGCGGAUCGAUGGGGCGCUGCCCGGGCUGCGCGGAGCCAGGGCGGUGCGGACCCCCCGGCCCGCCCCCCACCCCGGGAGCCGCUAUAAGGGCCGCGCGGGGCUCGAGCCGCGGCAGCAGAGCUCAGCACCCCCGGCGCGCCCACCAUGGCCCCCCGGGCCCUGCUGCUAAUGCUGCUGCUGACGCCGCUGCUCCGGGGCUGCGCCCCGCGCCCCGCGCCCGGCAGGGCCCCGCGACACUCGGACGGGACGUUCACCAGCGAGCUCAGCCGACUGCGGGAGAGCGCGCGGCUGCAGCGGCUGCUCCAGAGCCUGGUGGGGAAGCGCAGCGAGCAGGACACGGAGAACCGCACCUCCGGGUCCGAGCCCCCCGAGGGCCCUGUCUGCCUGCUGUGGUCCAACACGCCGGCCCUUCGGGCCUGGGCACCUCCGGGGUCCCCCCUAGACCAGGCCUGGUCUCCCUGGCUGCCUCGAGGACUGAGGGCCGCGGCAGUGGCUCCAGACCCCACCGUGCCUGCUGAGACCCCCAGGAGCCCCUGAGGACACAGCAGCUCCCCUCCAUGGACCAGGGGAGCCUGGGCGG